UUUCAUGCUACUUAAUUGUUUGAGAGGAUUUCAAAUUUAUAUACUUUCCGUAUAUUAAGCAGAUAUAGAAUCAACAUGUCCACAACAAAAGGUGAAGCAGUAGCUCCUGGACAAAGACUUGGUUAUACAGCAGAAUACCAACAAGGACCAGGAACGUACGAGCGCGAUGGUUUAUUAUAUGCAAGCGUUGUAGGGCAAAGAUUUAUAGAUCAACCAACAAGUAACGAUCAGUUACCUGUGAUGAGAGUCUCAAGGGAAAAAGAACAAUCAGCAGUUCCUGAAGUUGGUAGUGUGAUUACUGGUAAAGUAGUUCGUAUACAACCUUUACAAGCUGUGAUAGCCAUUAUGGUGGUAGGCAAUAUACCGUGUAAAGAAGAUUUUAUGGGCGUUAUACGUUUACAAGAUAUUAGAGCGACAGAAAAGGAUAAAGUGAAGAUUUACAACUCUUUUCGCCCAGGCGAUAUUGUAAAAGCAGAAGUAAUCUCACUCGGUGAUGCAAAAUCAUAUUAUUUAUCUACAGCCAAGAAUGAACUAGGUGUCAUAUACGCCACUAGUCUGGCAGGUGCAACAAUGAUACCAAUUUCAUGGCAAGAAAUGCAAUGCCCAAAAACAAAAGCUAUUGAAUUACGUAAAUGCGCAAAGCCUGCGACAGCAUAAAUAGUUUGAAAGGAAACCUGUCUAUUUUAAUCAGAAAUUUACAUUGUAUAUUAUGGGUAAUAAAUAUGUCGACGU